CUUCUUAAGUCAUCAUAUCGUCAUCCAGAAUCCAUUUAUUGGAUAACCAUAGAACCAUGAGAAGAAUCUUUGCUGAGGAUCCAAACUGGUCCCUGGAGUUGGUUCCCAGAUUAUCCAUCAGGUGUCUGGAGACCAUUAUAAACACCUUUGGCGAAACGCAAAUAUUUGAACAACUCACACCCAAGCAGAAAGAUUUCGUUCAGGAGAGGCUGUCUCCUUCGCUGCCUCUGCAUGUGACUGCCGACGUGAUCCCUGAUGGCGUUUACUGGAAGCGGUGCUGCGAGCAGAGGUGGGACAUCUGUGAUGUCUUGGAUUAUGGCGGCAGCUGGAAACGGAUGUUCUUCGAAAGGCACUUGGAGAACAUGAUCGAACUUUUCAUCCCAGGUGUAACAGAGCUGAAGACGGUUCUCAGCAUACUCCCUUUUUGUAAAAGUCAUGUCAGGAGGUUAAACAUCUCACAGCUGCUGCUGCCUGUUAAGAAGCCUCCAAAGGGGAAGAUGGAUAAGCAGUUAGAAUCAGGCUUGGAUAUUAACAUUGAGGAACAUGAGGCCUCUAUGGACCACUUUGACUUUGGCCCUGUCUUAGAUCAGCUGAUAAACCUGGAAGAUCUCCGCUUGCAGUACAGAAUCAAACAAUGUGGAUUGAACUUUGAAUGGUCAAUGUUUGAAAUAACUGACAGAGACUGUAGAUCCCUGGGCAUGGCUCUAAAGUUCAGUAAAACUCUGAAGCGUCUGAGGCUUCGUCAAAGCCAGGUUGAGGCCAAAAAGUGUUGCCUGCUGGUGAGAGCCCUUCGGGACCACUCCUCCCUGAGAGAGCUCGACUUAGCUCACAACGUGAUUGGAGACGGUGGGGCCACAGCUGUCAGCGAGCUACUCACCAGAAGCAAACUGGAGAAACUCAACUUGUGCAACAACAAAAUCGGCGACCUAGGAGCCAAAGCGAUAGCUCAGGGUAUGUCAAACAACUGCACUCUUUCGUCCCUUAACCUGUGUCUGAACGUGGUGACAGAUCAAGGGGGCCAGGACAUCGCCAAGGCCUUAGAGAACAACAGGACCCUGAGGAACUUACACCUAGGAGGCAAUGAGAUGACCUGGUUAACUGCAGUUGAAUUGUCCAAAGUGCUGCAGAAGAAUACAACUCUGAAGAGCAUCAACCUGACCUGCAACAAGCUCGGAGAGGCUGGAGGUAAAGCUUUGGCAGAGGCGAUGUCUUACAACAGCACUCUAACAGAAUGCGAUAUCCGCCAGACAGACGUUGAUGAGCAGAGUGCUGCCUCCAUUAACCAGUCGGUGUGGGCCAAUCAGAGUGCAGAGUGGGACAAGCAAGCUCAGCAAGGGAGAGCAGGAAACUCCAUCAGUACUUAGUAUAAACCUGCAAUCGUCAGUUACUGAGUCUACAACCACCCCAUACAAGGACGUUUAUACUCAGGAGCCACAGCAUUUCAGAGGAUACCCCAUCACCACAGCAUCAGGAACAAGCAUUGUGUUAUACAGAAGCAUGCAGUAAAAUAUAUUUUUUUCUCUUUAUUAGAGAAAUAGAUUAAGAGGCAGAAUUCCCUGGAAAAAAGUUACAGAAAAAUGUCUUGAAACUUUUCAACAUUUUGUCUCAACCUUUAAAGUAUUUUACUAGAAUACCAAGUAACAUAUAAAUGUGAAGUGGCAGAAAAGUUAUGAUUCUCAAUAUAUAUAACAAAUAAAACGCUUGAUGGGUGGCCAUGCAUUGAUAUAGUGCUUCUGAUAGCCUUAUACAUAAGAGAGACAGAGCACCUGUGUAUAAUUUAAUCUCAAUAUGGAUGCAGCUCUUUGUCAAAGGACUAAGAGCUUUGUU